AAAGGGAGGGAGGUGUCUGCUUCUUCCACUGCGGCUUCCAGUUCCACAGGUUGGCAGUUGGUUUGUUGGUUGGGUAUUGUAUUAUUACCUUCUUACUUGGGGCAGCCAAAAUGGCUCUGUUUGGUUUCUCUUUCCCACUUGUAUUUCUCCUCCUCUCUUGCUUUACCACUCUGCUGCUCUGCAAUGCCAAUGCCUUUCCUGGGCACUACCACAACCCAAUCCAACGCCAUCGCCAUCCUCGCUUUGCCAGUCACAACUACAGGGAUGCUCUCACUAAGUCCAUCCUCUUCUUUGAAGGCCAGAGGUCAGGGAAGCUCCCUUCUAACCAGAGGAUUUCCUGGAGGAGAGACUCUGGUCUUUCAGAUGGCUCAGCCCUGCAUGUUGAUUUGGUUGGAGGGUACUAUGAUGCAGGGGACAAUGUGAAGUUUGGGUUUCCCAUGGCUUUUACCACCACCAUGCUUUCAUGGAGUGUUAUUGAGUUUGGUGGGUUGAUGAAGGGUGAGUUGCAGAAUGCCAAGGAAGCCAUUCGUUGGGCUACUGAUUACCUCCUCAAAGCAACUGCCCACCCAGGCACCAUCUAUGUUCAGGUUGGUGAUGCUAACAAGGACCAUGCUUGUUGGGAGAGACCAGAAGACAUGGAUACCCCAAGAAGUGUUUUCAAGAUUGACCAAAACACCCCUGGUUCUGAAGUAGCAGCUGAAACGGCUGCUGCUCUUGCAGCUGCUUCAUUGGUCUUCAGAAGAAGUGACCCUACUUACUCCAAACUUUUGGCCAGGAGGGCUAUUAGCGUGUUUGAGUUUGCUGAUAAGCACAGAGGAGCCUACAGCACUCGAUUGAAGAAAUAUGUGUGCCCCUUCUAUUGUGAUUACUCUGGUUAUCAGGAUGAGCUGUUGUGGGCUGCUGCUUGGCUGCAAAAGGCCACCAAAAAUCCAGCCUAUCUCAACUACAUUCAAGCUAAUGGCCAGAUACUUGGGGCCGCCGAGUUUGAUAACACAUUUGGAUGGGAUAAUAAGCAUGUUGGAGCAAGAAUUCUUCUUUCCAAGGCAUUCCUCAUCCAGAAGGUCAGAUCCCUCCAUGACUACAAAGGUCAUGCAGAUAGUUUUAUCUGUUCAAUCAUACCAGGAGCCUCUUACUCUUCAGCCCAAUACACCCCAGGUGGUCUUCUUUUCAAAAUGAAUGAUAGCAACAUGCAAUAUGUGACCUCCACCUCAUUUCUGCUCUUGAGCUACGCCAAAUACUUAAACACUGCCCGCCAGGUGGUCAAUUGUGGUGGAACCGCCAUCACCCCUAAGAGGCUCCGAGCUAUUGCCAAAAGACAGGUGGAUUACCUACUAGGAGACAAUCCCUUGAAGAUGUCCUACAUGGUGGGUUAUGGCCCAAGGUACCCACAAAGGAUUCACCACAGGGGGUCAUCCCUGCCGUCCAUUGCCGCACACCCAGCCAAGAUCCAAUGCUCUUCCGGGUUCAGUGUGAUGAGGUCCCAGUCCCCCAACCCCAACAUCCUGGUGGGUGCAGUGAUUGGUGGGCCCGACCAGCAUGACAGUUUCCCAGAUCAACGGUCAGAUUAUGAGCAGUCAGAGCCAGCCACAUACAUUAACGCACCCCUUGUAGGGACACUAGCUUAUCUUGCUCACUCAUUUGGGCAGAUGUAGCUAAAGACCCAAGCUAGCUUUCUUCUUGAGAGAUUCUCCAACUUGUUAGGUGUUUUGGGUUUGUUUUAAAUUCUAGUAAAGUAAGCUCUUCUUUUUAGUUAUGGUUGCAAAGUGCACGCGGUGAUAGGGUCGAGAUUAAGAGCUCUCCCAAACUGCGAAGCACAACACAAUGGUCAAGGUCUAGAUCAUGUAGUAGGUCUUGGUUCAUAUAAAAAUAUUGUUGUUUCCUCUGGUGCAAGAGAAAGUAUCGUGCCAGUAACGGUGUUUAUUUGUAAAAGUUUUAUGGGCUCUAAGAUUGGACA